ACUACUCCAAUUCCGACCCGCUAAGGCCGAUUUUAUCGCUAAUCCCCUCGUCGGAGGUGGAGUAAAGAAACCGGUUUAAAGGGCCCUUUAAGUUGAAAGAAAGGGCUUCGUCGUGUGAACAUGUCCAGGCUUAAUUCGAUUUAAUGCUGCUAAAGUCGACCUAAACUCAUAGUGUAGACCAGGCCUUAGAUUGCAGCAUCACUCCUUAAACAGAUCAGGUUACAUUUCUCAUGGAAACCUCCAAGGGCUGUCACUUUAACAUUGGGUUCUUUCCAGCUCAGCAAACAUGAGUCAGCUUCAGGAAUGGAAGUAGCCCAUUGCUACUACCGUGGGAGCCUAUUUCUGAACUCCAAAAAGUGAAACACACUGCAUGGAGAGCGAUGGCCACAGAGAACCCUGUCGAAAGCCUCCAAGAUGAAGCUACUUGUACCAUCUGUCUGGAGUACUUUAAAGAACCAGUGUCUAUACACUGUGGGCACAAUUUCUGCCGAGCCUGCAUCUCCCAGUGCUGGGGGGAAUUGGAUACAAACUUCUCCUGCCCUCAGUGCAGAGAAACUGCACAGCAGACAAGCUUCCGGCCCAACAGGGAGCUGGUGAAUGUAGUAGAAAUAAUCAAAAGACUGAGAUUACAGGCAGCAAAAGGAGCAGGAGGGGACAGAGUGUGUAAGAGACACCAGGAGGCUCUGAAACUGUUCUGUGAGGAGGAUCAGAUCCCCAUCUGCGUGGUGUGCGACAGGUCCCAGGCUCACCGAGCUCACACGGUAGUUCCCAUAGAGGAGGCUGCCCAGGAGUACAAGGAAAAAAUGGAGGCCUGUUUGGUGACUCUCAAGAAAGAAAGAGGAAACCUUCUUGAAUUUAAACUGAUUGGACAGGAAAGGAGCCAGAAAUAUCUGCUCUGGAGCUGA